CAGCCCGGCUGAGUGAAUGUCGAGUAAAUACGCCGCUGCUGGGAGGAGGCAUUACCGACAUUUCGUCUUUGACAGCCGGCCGGACACCUUUUCUUCAGAAAACAGUUUAAUUCUCCCACAAACCCGAGUUUGUCGUUAUUGGCCAAACAAAGCGAGAUCUGAGGGGAAGCAGAGCAGACCGUGCCCUCCCUGACUGUAAAGGGAAUCACAACCUCUGCUCCAGCCAAACAGACCGUCUUUGCCUCCAUCAUGCAGACUUCCACUCUUCUCCUCCUCUCCCCGAUCUUUUUCCUGUCUGUCCUCAUCCCCACCUGCUCCACCCAGAGCGAAGCAGACCUCACUGUCCAGACACGUACUGGUCGAGUCCGUGGCUUUCAUCUGCCAGUGCUUGACCGCAGCUAUGUCACCGCUUUCCUGGGCAUCCCAUUCGCUGAGCCACCAAUAGGGAAACGGCGUUUCCGUCGUGCUGAACCCAAGCGUCCGUGGACAGGAGUGUACGACGCCAAAACCUACCCCAAUGCCUGCUUCCAGCCAGUUGACACAACGUUCCCCGGCUUCCAGGGCAGUGAGAUGUGGAACCCCAACAGGAACAUGAGUGAGGACUGCCUAUAUCUCAAUGUCUGGGUACCCUCCUCAUCGAGACCACACAAUCUCACCGUCAUGGUGUGGAUCUAUGGUGGAGGGUUCUACAGUGGUUCUUCUUCUCUGGACGUGUAUGACGGUCGUUACCUAGCUCACAGUGAGACAGUCAUUGUGGUUUCCAUGAACUACCGGAUCAGUGCCUUUGGCUUCCUCGCUCUGCAUGGUUCCUCUGAGGCUCCUGGCAACGUGGGUCUGCUGGACCAAAGGUUGGCACUGCAGUGGGUGCAAGACAACAUCCAUUUCUUUGGUGGAAACCCCAAACAGGUGACUAUCUUUGGUGAAAGUGCUGGCGGAGCUUCAGUAGGAUUCCAUCUCUUGUCUCCAGACAGCCGGCCCACCUUCACAAGGGCCAUCCUCCAGAGCGGGGUCCCCAACUGUCCCUGGGCUUCAGUCAGCCCUGCUGAGGCUCGCAGACGGGCUACCCUCCUAGGGAAACUGGUUGGCUGUAAUGGAGGUAAUGACACUGAGUUGGUGGACUGUCUGCGCAGUAAAUCUCCACAGGAGCUCAUUGAGCAGGAGUGGCAGGUCUUGCCAUGGACAGCCCUCUUCCGGUUUUCAUUUGUCCCUGUUGUGGAUGGGGAGGUUCUGCCUGACACUCCUGAGGCCAUGCUCAACUCAGGCAACUUUAAAGACACUCAGAUCCUCCUCGGGGUCAACCAGGAUGAGGGCUCCUACUUCCUGCUGUACGGAGCACCAGGCUUCAGCAAGGACAAUGACAGCCUCAUCUCCAGAGAGGACUUCCUGGAAGGUGUCAAGCUCAGCGUACCACAUGCUAAUGAUAUUGGCCUGGAGGCGGUAGUACUGCAGUAUACUGACUGGAUGGAUGAGAAUAAUGGGGUAAAGAACCGGGACGCCAUGGACGACAUUGUGGGCGACCACAAUGUCAUCUGCCCACUGGCCCACUUUGCUCGUGCCUACGCCCAGCACAACGCCCUUAAGGCUAACAUGGGGGGAGCUAACUCUGGGAUGAUGAACAGUGGAGGAAACUCACAAGCUCAAGGAGGGAUCUACCUCUACCUGUUUGACCACCGAGCAUCCAACCUGGCCUGGCCGGAGUGGAUGGGUGUGAUCCAUGGCUAUGAGAUCGAGUUUGUCUUUGGCCUGCCACUGGAGAAGAGGCUCAACUACACUCUAGACGAGGAGAAAUUGAGCCGGCGCAUGAUGAGAUACUGGGCCAACUUUGCACGAACUGGAAAUCCCAAUGUGAACCAUGACGGGAUGGUGGAUAGCAGGAAGCGCUGGCCUCUGUUCACUGUAAGUGAACAGAAACAUGUCGGACUCAACACUGAACCACUGAAGAUCCACAAAGGUCUGAGGAACCAGAUGUGUGCCUUCUGGAACCGCUUUUUGCCACGCCUCCUCAACAUCACUGACAACAUAGAUGAAGCAGAGCGUCAGUGGAAAGUGGAGUUCCACCGCUGGUCCUCCUACAUGAUGCACUGGAAGAGCCAGUUUGACCACUACAGCAAGCAGGAGCGCUGCACUGACCUCUGAGAGCCUCAGCAUAGAGAUGAGAGAGUGACGAAGGGGGGUCCGAAAGAACCAGUCAUGGGCAAUUUCCUCCAUAGCUCCUCAGUGAAAUCUGAGUUCAUUAUUCAUUUUUAUUAAUUUAUUUUCAGUGUUUCUGUUUCACUACACACACAAACACAGGCACCCUGGAUCUUUAUUUAUAUUAUUUAUACUAUUUAUUUAUGUAUAGUUUUUUUCUGAAUUUGUGUUUGUCUUGGGCUAUGGUGGGAACUUGUCAUCAGUAUGGAGGAGUAUUAGAAAUGUCAAAGAUGUGUCAUUACCUCGGGCGUGUGUGUGUGCGUGGUGCGUGCGUGUGUGCGUGCAUGCGUGUGUGUGUGUGGCUUGAAACCUCCCAUUUUAACUCAGACCUCAAAAGGCCCAUGACAAUGCACCAUGACCCAUUUGUCUUUGUGUUAAUCUCAUAAAGUCAACUUUCGUUUUCUGAGGAUUCCGUCUUUCCAACAUAUCAGGGUUUUAUGUUCUGGACUCAACAACACUGUCUCAAAUUUCCGUUGAAGCCCUUUAGUCUUGUUCUUGUUCAUUGUUGCUACUCCCAUACCCCAUCGUGUUCUGCUUCACUUUACCUUGUGUAUUUCUCAUGUGGUAAAGCCAAAAAGCUGGGUUACAUCCAAAUCUUUUUUUUUUUUGGGUGGAAAAGCUCCAUGGAAAGAUUAGACUCCCAAAAGUUUCCCCAGUAUUGGGAAAACUACUUAUUUUAAUCUAUUACUUUUAUCGAUCAUUAGUUGGGCUGAAUGCCAAACCAUCUGUUUGACAUUCAGCCCAACUAAUGGUUGUUUACUUUGCAUGACAUUUCAAAAAGUUUGCUUUAAAUUUAACAGAAACAGAAACAAGUCAUGUUUAUUAGCUUAGCUUCUAUCAGCAUUUUGGUGCCAUAUCUGCUACUUAAGUCACUAUCUUAUCUGCAUAUUAGCAUUGAAUGAUAGAAAUAGGGUGGAAUGGGUUAGCAAAAGAACUGAAAAUGUAAGAUGAAGAAAAUGUCCAAAUAUAUAAUAAAAUACCCUAAAUGCAUCAAAAAUGCAAAAAGUGACUGAAGGAGUUUUAAGUUCAAGUCCUCAAUUUAUCAGUUCAUUAUUUUGCAUAUAUAAAACACAUAUAAACAUCAGACAACAGUUAAAAUGUCCCAGUUUCCUUGUAUAUUAAGUGACACCAGCAGACUUCUAGUCUGAAGCUGUGCAGAACAACUUCAGUGUAAAGCAGCAAGUUCUUGAAACUUGAAACAUCAAGUUUGGCAUUUUUGCUUGAAAAAUGACUGAAAGGAUUAUCUGAUUACUAUUGAAAUAGUUGCCAGUGUAUCUUUAUUCAAUCGACUUAUCACUUCAGCUCAUCUUAAAGAUGCUAACUUUAGACAUCCAUCAUAAGCUAGCAAGACUAUAGCAGAGUGUUGAGCAAGGGUGUGGUUUACUGUUAUUGAUUCCAAGUUUUUUGUUUUAAGAUGAGGACUGUUAUUUCUGUUUCAAAAGUUACAUGGUCUCACAUUAAUAUUAUAUAUAGGAUUUAAAAAGUGUUGUACUUUGGCACUAUUUGGUGGCAGCAUUAAGAAUGACACUGUAGUAGACAACAGAGUACUCUGCAUCCCCUGCAAAUAAAUGUUAAAUUAUCGGGAGGUAAAUUAUUCCAGGUUUAAUUUAUAAUUGUACUAUAUUUUGACAAAUUCUUCCACAAUGGUGAGAGUGAAUCAGUUGCUACAGGGAGAGAUGAGGGUCUUUCAAUCUGAACCUUUUGAUGAGGUGUAAAUAUUGGGAGAAGGGCUGUGGGUCUGGGAUCAUGUCAGUUCUAGUUUUUACUUGGAUUGAGUGAAUGUACCAACCCUUGCAGAGACAUCCUUAAAAAUAAAAUAAACCGUAGUGUGAAUUUUAAAAGGUAAAUCCAGUGUUUUUAGCCUUUUGGGCCAACAAACUAAUAAAUAAUUCAGUAUUUCCCCACCAUAAUUGUAUUAUUAGUAAGUGUGGAGAGGUUGUUUACAUUAAACAGCAGUUAGACCUCCAUGUUUCACAACAAAACUAAAUUAUUCAUAACUGAAUAAAUAAAAUAUGAAAAAUCAGAACAUUUUUAUUUUUCAAAUCAAAUCUCAUGAUCUCUUGCCUACAGCCCUGUUUGAGAGCCAUGGCUAUACUAAAUAACUGCAAUGAAUUGUGUGUGUGUGUGUGUCUGUAAGUGUAGGUGUGUGUGUGUACCAUCUGAGAUGUGUGUUUGACACUCAGUGUCCUGUCCAGCUGUGAUGCAUCUCAUGAACAUUGCUCUGUGCGCAUGUAUGUGUUGCUGCCAUUAAUCUUAUCUUUUAUCUUUUCAGUUCUUUUUAUCCACAUCUCAUUUCUCUGUUUCUUUCUUGUCCUCCAUUUUAUUUUUCCUCUCCUCAUCUCUAAUCCGUCCUCCCGAAUUCUCCUCUUCCCCUUCUCCUCUGCCUUCCUCCUCUCCUCCUGCAUCUGUUCCUUUCCCUGCAUCACCGCCCUGUUGCCUGGCCACCCUGCCCUGCAUUCUGCCUUUGCUUCUUCCGCCUCUUUAAUCUUCCUCUCCACUCCGGCUGUCAUCUUCAUCUUCAUCUCUAAGUAACCUCCACCCACCCUCCCAUCUUUCCUCUUCUUUUCCUUUCAUCCUUCAGUCCCUUCUCCCACUCUUGUGUUGUAACUCUUUUUUCCACUCCCCAGUCUCUCAUAUCUUUCUCCUUCCACUUCAUCUAACUUUUCUCCUCUUCAUCAGCUCUCAUUUCUCCUUCCUUCCUCAUCCAUCUCUCAUUCGCAUCACUUUUCUCCUUCAUCCCCCCUUGUCCUGCCCCUGCCCCCUUCCCUGUCUCACGCUGUCCUCCUGCUUUCUUGUUAGCAAAAUGGAGACGGAAUAAUUCACUCAGCAGCAGCAUAAUGUGACAGAGCCCUGGCUCAGCCUCUGGCCUGCCAGCCAACAGGACACGAUGGAUGGAUGGAAAAUGGAGGGGAAAAGGUAGAGCGAUGAAGCAAGGAGAAAGAAAUAGAAAAGGAGGAGGGAGGGAUGAGGCAGAGGGAGAGGUGGUGAUGUGAAGGAAAGAUGAAAGGACAAUCAGAGAAAUACGUCAUUGCAUGCAGCUUACACUGUGGCACUGAUGUACUACUCAUAAAAAUAUUUAGGUAAUAAAAAGUUAACUUCACUUCCUGCUCAAAAUGACUCAAAUUACCAGACAUGAUGACAUGAUGUGACAUUGACAUCAUUGAUUUGAUAAUAAAAUAUACUAAUAAUACUAUUAUUUAUUAUUUAUAUCCACUCCAAAAGUUUUCUUGUUCAGACAAGAUACAUACUGUGUUGUGUGCACAAGUUAGUAUCUUGUGGUAAUGCAAUACAACACAUUACCUUGUGUGCACAAGAUCAGUAUACAGUCCCUGACAAAAGUCCUGCUUAUCCAAGUUGUAGGAACAAUAAAUAAUGACUUGUAGUUGAUCAAUUGGAAUCAGAAAUAGCUUAUAUGAAAGGCAAAGCCCUCUAGAUUAUGCUUUUUACACCAAAAUAAAGUUUUGUAUCAUUCAUUGAGUUUUACUAUUUAAUUAGGACAGAAAGGUCAGAUUUUGCUUGGACAAAAGUCUUGUUGCAUACAAAAAUAAUGUGCUUUAUUUUGAAUACACAAACAUGCUACAAUAAAAUCAGAACAUAAAGUCAUGGUGCCUUGGAAAAAAGAAUUAACAUCGUGUAUGACUCCCAUGAGCUUGGAGGACUGCAUCCAUACGUCUUGGCAAUGACUCAAAUAACGUAUUGAUAAAGUCAUCUGGAAUGGCAAAGCAAGCAGUCUUGCAGGACUCCCAGAGUUCAUCAAGUUUCAUCAGUUUCAUCUUCCAAGCCUCCUCCAUCUUACCCCAGACAUGCUCAAUAAUGUUCAUGUCUGGUGACUGAGCUGGCCAAUCCUUGAGCACCUUGACUUUCUUCACUUUCAGGAACUUUGAUGUGGAGGCUUAAGUAUGAGAAGGAGCACCAUCCUGCUGAAGAAUUUGCCCUCUCUUGUGAUUUGGAAUGUAAUGGGCAGCAAGAAUUUCUUGAUAGUUCAGGCUGUUGAUGUUGCCAUCCACUCUGCAGAUCUCUCGCACACCCUUACUGGAUGUAACCCCAAACCAUGAUUUUUCCUCCACCAAACUUGACUGUUUUCUGGUUGAAUCUUGGGUCUAUGUGGGUUCCAACAGAUCUUCUGCAGUAUUUGCGGCUAUUGGGAUGCAGUUCAAUGGAUAAUUGAUCAGGAAAAAAUCAACCUUCUGCCACUUUUCCACUGUCCAUCCUUUCUUCAAGCUGUGGGCCUUGGCAAAUGCAAAUGCAGUGUCUUCUGUUUAAUGCUGGUUUGUGAGCACUAAUUCAGCCAUGGAGACCACUGCGUGAGAGAAUUUGACUGAAUUUGAAUUAACCGUUCUUGUAGAUACAGGGGUUUCUUGAAAAAGGGUUGGCCCUGGACUGUCAAAGCAACAAACGGUCCUCUUGAACAGUUGUCUUACGCAGUCUUUCUGACCUGGGCUUGUCAUGAAAGUCACCAGUUUCUUCAGAUCUUUUUCUUACUAUCUCCACUUGAUGUUUGGAUGCAUUUUAGGUUUCAGCAGCAGGCUUGGUUUUCAGGCUCUUGAUGAUCAGCACUUUGGUCUCUGGUUGAAAUUUUGGCAUGUUGUCAGAGGUUAGGUUGCACUUCACAUGAAGUUCUGGUGUGCAGGGGUUCUUUUUAUACACACCUGGGAAUGUGUUGAUUACAGUAUUUGUCACAGGUGAAGGUCUAAUCUGUGAUUGGUUGAAUCGUUCACAGACAUGGCAAGACUUUGGUCCUUGCAAAAACAGAUGUUAUGGGCUUUACCAAGCUGUGAACAUCAGAACACUUUUUGAAAGUUUCAUUUUGUACCCCGUUAUUAAUGUGAAAGCCCCUUGACAUUAAAAUGAAGCAUUUAUUGUAACAAUUGAUUAGAAAUAAAGUUAUAUGCCAUUUUAAUUUACUAUGUCCUUAUGCAACAAGACUUCUGUCAGUGACUGUACAAUGCUAAAAAGUUAUGCAACAAGAUAUUUUUUAUUAUCUUGCUGUAGGAUUGCAAGAUCCAUGUUGUUCACACACAAGUUAUGAUCUUGUGUGAAUAUGAAAGAUAAAUAUAUUGUGCUUGCAAGUUAUUUUCUUUUGGAACAUUAUAAUUCACAAGUUAUGUUCUUUGCGCAAGAUACAUAUAUUCUGCACACUAAAUAACUCCUGUUUUGCCACUUGCUAGUAUGUUGUGGAAACAAGAUGAUUCACUUCAAGUUCUUAUCUUGUGGGCUCAAGAUCCAUAUACUCUUAUUUUAUAUAAGUUAUUUUCUUGUGUGAGUAAGUUUCUUAUGUUGUGAGCACUAAAUAAUACGCAAUCGUAAUGAUACUUGUAGUUCAAGCUGUUAUUGAAAAUGAGCUCAAAUAUAAUCUUUCAGGACUUGAGGAACUCACCAGUAAACAUUAUAAUUGGCUGAAUGGGACUUUUGACUUUGCCUUCUCACUCCACCUGAGUGUGUAGUUGUGUAUCAUUUGUCUCGCCUAUGCUUACCACCCUUACCCUUAAUAUCAUUGUAUCUGUGUGUGUGUGUGUGUGUGUGUGUGUGUGUGUGUGUGUGUGUGUGUGUGUGUGUGUGUGUUAUGUGACUACUGUACCUGUCUCUCAAACUCUUUGCUGUCUUUAUUUGAACACUGGGAGGGAAUCAGUGCUGAUUGGCUGAUGGCUGUCCCAGCAAUGCUUCUCUGUUGGCAUGUACAUCUCCUGUUUAUGGAUUGGAGUAUUGUAGUAUAGCUUUAAAAAGAACUAAAUAUGAAUAAAGGAUUGUACCCAAUAUCUAAAAUACCAGUGAAGAAUGCAUGUGUGGCAGGCUGUAUGAGUGAAAACUCCUCCAGCUCCUCUAAUCCAACGGGAGACCCCGCAUAAGCCCCACCUCCCUUACUUGCCCCUCUAAUCAAAUCCUUGUGCAUGUCCUGAAAUUGACCCUGUCCCCCAGUAUAACCUGCCAAAUGUGGUUAUUUUCUGUAAAGUUUGUACUUUUCAACAAAACUAUUAUUAAAGUAAGUAAUAUAUCUUUAAUGUUAGGUAUGUUUGAUGUUAGCAAUAACAUAAAUACAACAGUAAAGAAAUAUAUUUGAUAUUUAAAUGCAGUGAAAAUACAACAUGAUAAAACAGCAAUGAUAAUGGAUAGAGGUUGUGUUUUAAAAGCAAUAUUAUUCCAACUAUAAAGUAAAAAUGAAUGCCAUAAAUCUUUUUUUCUCUGUUUUCUUUGUUUAUUUGACUUCGUUUCAGUCACUGGUCCUCUGCGUUGUUGUUUGUUCGAGUCACUAGUACUGUAAGUGUUGAAGGCUUCUGUAGCUUCCCAGUAUGUCUCUGUGUAUCAUGAAUGCGGACUUAAGCUAUAGCAACAGAAAUAAAGACAGCCUGCUGCUUCUGUG